GUGGGAAACAUACACACAAACGUGUGUGCGAAUGGAUCGAGGUCAAAUAUGAAAAAAAAAAAUAUUUGUGUCAGACUAUAGGCAAAGACUUGUUGGGCUACUCAAAAGUUUUCUCAAACAUGAUAUCAUUGAAGCCCAAUCAUUUGACUUGCUUCUCCCUUUAAAUUCCUUUGGGACAUGUCCAGUCUAGAAAAAAAAAACAACAACUUUAGAAGACAGGGUUUCAUGGCCAUGGCCUCUCAGUAAGUCAAUCAUUUAAUCACAGAUAAAUCCGGACACAAAACCAGCCAUAACACGCAUUCAUUGCACGCUCCAGCAAGACUGGAGGUCACCGUCGCUGCUGGAGCAACGUGGUUGUGGGAGGCCCUCUGCCAAGUCACGUGCAGCCCAGCCAGCCGAUGUCAAGAACUUACACCUGGUCACGCUACCUGUAAGAAAUGUUAUAAAGGUGCAAGCCUUUCAUAGUGAUUUUUGUGCCGAGAACAAGUCAGCAAGGAAUAAUGGACGCUGCAAGAGGUUAUCUUAUGAGAAAUGAAAACGCGAUGGAGACACUGCCUCAGAGAGCUGAAAAAGAUUUUAAAAGUAGUCAUUGUGCCAUCUCCUUUUUUCCCAAAAUAAGCAAGAAAAAAAGAAGAAACAGAGUUCAUAUACACAAAACGAACUAAUUAAUGUAUGAAUGCAUGAACAGCACACAAGCAACCGAUAGAAAGAACACAUAAUAAACAUACGAAUGAACAAUCUAAUGAGUAAAUGAGCUUACAAUUAUUAUUAACUUGCCGACAAAAUAAAUAAUGUUCAAACAGACAAAACAAACAAAAUCAAAGAAAGAAAAAAUAAAAGAAAGACUAUAAAAACUAAUGAAAAUUUGCAAGUACUGUACAGUCGAUUCUCUGUCUCAGACAGUACCUCGUCACCACCCCACCUACCCCUAAUGUACCACCCAAGAAAGUUGUCAUGUUAGCGAGAGGAUUAAACAUUGUUCUGCUUUCAACGCUAUCGUGAGCGACGGACGAUGAAGAGCGCGUUUGAAAAGCAACAGGCGUCAGCAGGGCGCUGAGGUUCAGAGCAGAACAACUGUUUCCAGUUUCGCAAAGUUUUGCAACACCAUCGCCAGAUGCGACUUCCCGCACUCAAAUCUGCCAUCACUGUCAUCGUCAUUGCUACAGUUCUUAAAUGCAACUUCAAGCUUUUUUUAAAGUCUUUUCGUCGUCCUCUUAGAAAUUCAAGCAACGAUUACAGUCACCAUGCGACGUCCACCAGGUCACACGACUUUAGCCCAACAUUCAAGAUGUUGGACAACAUUCAAGAGAAAUCAGCUGGGAACACUGAGAUGCCAUCGUGUCUCGACGGUCGCCCUGUUGCCAGAGUUGCGUCCCAGCAAAAGAGAAGACAACCAACUGAUGGCAAGUCUGUAAGUCCGAUGGCUGAACAGAAGCUGAUAGAACUAGCUGAAGCCGCCGCAUCCUUAACGGAUGCCGAAGCCAAAGCGUGCAUCAACAACGGUGACCACCCAUGCGGCGGCGUCGUCAUCAGCGGUGGCAGUAGUAAAACAAAAAUCUCACAGCCAGUCGUUCUUGACGACGAGAUGCCCCCUGUCAUGUCCAACACCUUCUGCCCGGUCGGUUACGUCACUAAGCCCCGCCCGCAAUAUGUCAAGCGACUGUUCGACGUCAACUUUCCUUACCCCGAGAUUUCCUAUCCGUACCACGGGGGUCUGCCUCUCAGUCCUAGCUUCACGGAGGCAUCGCCGUUUUUCCGGGCCGACCACCACGUGGUGGCAGAGGAGGAUGCUGCUAAGGAAAUCCCUGACCUGGAGAUGGAGACGCUGGACCUGACGUCUACUACCUCUCUGACGCCUUUGAAGGCCUUGGACCUCCUGAGCGACGUCAGCAGCCGGGUGGUGGUGGCGCCGGAAGUGCCCGUUAGUGGCGGCGGGGGUCUUGAUUACGUCAGCAGCAAUCUAAGCGUUGUGACCCUGCGGGUUCCAGACUCCUCACUCCCCGUCUCCCAAACGCUGGGAGCCACCGCGCAAUCCGAGAGUGAGUACUCCCUGCAUGACAUCAAAAUGCGACUGGAGGUCAGGGCCAACACCGGAGAUUUUCCGCCCUCGGAGCCUUACGUUUCCAGCGAGGGUGCGACUUUUCUGAACGACGAAUUGCCUAUGGAAUCGGUGGGCAGCGGCGAACUCAGAAACAUCCGCGACUGCCUGCAGCAGCAGAAAGGAGCAGUAGGGUGGGCUGGGAACGCAGAGCAGGUGGACAUCAGGGCGCAGAAGUACUUCAGCUACUGGUCCCCCCAUCCACAUGUGCAAACGUACCUGGAGCCUGUCCACCACUUUCCCGCCACGUCCUCUGCAACUGCAACGGCCGCGGCAGUUGCUACGCUUCCAGAGAUUAGCGUCUUUGUUCCACCAAACGCUCAAUCCAAGUCCGCCGCACAAUACUCCUAUAGCAACCACGCCAUGGCACUGCCCCACGCUGAAUAUCACCAACAGCAAACAGCACGCUACUACAAAGCGGAGACCACUGUCGAUGCCAAGGCGUCAGUCAUAAAAAUGUUUUCAAACACGCGAGCCAAGGGAAGGGCUAUCUACAAAAUGUACCCCCCGAUGCCGCCUCCUUUGCAGUUAAUGGGAGGCAGGACCCCAGCAACGGUCCUGAAUGCGUCUGAAAAUCGCAGUGAGGAGCUGAACCACGUGAUCAAGACGGACAUCGAGACAGAGGCCGCCCCGCAAUUCGAUCCGCUAAGCAUCGUGGUUGAGGAGGUCUGCAGCCAGCCCCACGAGAAGGAGAUUCUAGAUCCGUUUCGAGACUCCCUUGUCGACGGCAGCGUAAACCGGAACAGGAAAUCUGUCCUCUGCUGCCGGAAGUGUUUCCGUUGUCCAUCGUCCAGCGCCGAUUUUUGCCUGCUCAGUAGCCCUGGGGAAAUGCCACGUGGCCAUGCGCGAAAGCUGAAGAUUAAGUUGAAGAAAGAGCCGGGCGAUGCAGUGACCAAAAACAUCCACAGUGCCGCUGUCGUGAUUCGACGCUCAAGGCUAAACUCUACUCUGAGUUGUCCGUUCUGCCCACGGUUCUUCGCGAACACCAGCAAUGUUGCGCGCCAUAUCCGCAUUUUCCACCCUGCCAACUACAAGCCACGUCGCACCCUCACUCAGAACGUGUGCAAACCCCUCGCGAGGUCAAAUGGUUGGCGGUGCAAGUCUGCUAACGCUGUCUCCGUCGGGAUCCAGUGUACUCUGGCCUCUAGCGCAGCCGAUGACGCCAUGGUCGGAAGCGUGCUCUACCCUACCACGACGACGAUAACCAAAAGUAAAGGCUCGACCCCCGACUAUGCAGCGGAGAGCACGGCCGGCAAGUCGGACGGUGGACGUGCCGUCGUCACGUCAUCCUUCUCUGGAACCGAUCGGAGUUGGGGCGCGCGCACGCCUCGAGACAAAAGUAAAUCUACAAAAGUCAGCGCCGAGACCGAUGUCUCGUCUUCGCUGACACCGCGUCCAGCUAAGACGAGAGAGAGGAAAACGAAGCAGAGGAAGACUUCCGUUACUGGUUCUAUUCCUCCCCCUCCUCUGGUUCUACCUCCAUCUGUGAACGCCACCAAACGCGGAAGCGUCACUUACUCUACACCUCGACAACAUUCCUCCCCCAAACGGAGCCUGCCUUCAUCAGUGAAGAAGCUGUCGCACAAGUUCUCGUCGUCUCCCUCCUCGACCGAAAACUUACCUUCCAGCACCUCCAUCCGGCCCCUCAACUUCCGAACGAAGCCGCGGACGCGGGUGAACUCCAAAAUCCCGUGCCCCUACUGUCCGCGGUUCUUCUCUGUCAUGUCUAACCUCAAGCGCCAUACCCGGAUGCAGCACAGCGACGUCUUUGUCUUCGAUUGCAACGUCUGCCUCCGGAAGUUCUCCAUGAGGCGCACUCUCAAGAAGCACAUGCUGGACCAUGCACACGACCGCCCGUUCCAGUGCGCAGACUGUCUGUCGAGGUUCGAGUUUCGAGAUCAGCUGCGUGUACAUGGUCAGAGGCACGUGAUCGAGAAGUUCCCAUGCCACGACUGCGGGCUGACCUUCUACACCCUCAACCACCUGAAGCAACACCUGCAACUCCACCACUGACUGCUACGGUGUCCGCAUGACCAAGAAAGAAG